UUCUUUUUUUACUUUCCUAAUUUUCAAAACACAUUUAAAAAAAAAACCCAUCCAUUACCAUUUACUAGAUUGUGAAGCAGGCUUGCAUAUAGAGACAGGAAACCAAUACCUUUCACGGCCUCUGCCGAAGCAAACAAGACCCCUUUUUUCUUUCCUCGAUUUUCACUUCCAUUUCCGGGCCAAUGGGGUGUUGAAUCUUUUGGAAAUAUUGCAAAAGUGCUUAAUUCAGUCAAACUUGAAAUACUGCUCACUUCGGGAUAACAAUGGCUCCUGGGGGUAGUGCUUGCAAAGAGGUUCUUGAAUCUCAACCCACAAUCCCGGAUUAUGAUAUUGGAACAGCAAAGGUAGAGAAUAAUAUUACAACGGCUAAAGGUGCUCCCAGUCUAGGCGGAAAGCAUGGAGUUUAUACUAAUAACGGCGUGCAUGAACUCCUUGAGUGCCCUGUUUGCUCAAAUUUAAUGUAUCCUCCAAUACACCAGUGCCCAAAUGGACACACUUUAUGUUCGAACUGCAAGAUUAGAGUGCAUAACUGUUGCCCUACUUGUCGCUAUGAACUUGGAAAUAUAAGGUGCUUAGCCCUGGAGAAAGUUGCAGAAUCACUGGAACUGCCCUGCAAGUACCAGGAUUUGGGAUGUCAUGAUAUCUUCCCAUACUACAGCAAGCUCAAGCAUGAACAACACUGUCGAUUCCGUCCUUACACUUGCCCUUAUGCUGGGUCUGAGUGCUCUGUCACAGGUGACAUCCCAGCACUUGUUGCACAUCUAAAGGAUGAUCACAAGGUGGACAUGCAUGAUGGGUGUACCUUCAAUCAUCGUUAUGUCAAAUCAAAUCCGCAUGAAGUUGAAAAUGCCACAUGGAUGCUAACUGUCUUCAACUGUUUUGGAAGACAGUUCUGCUUGCAUUUUGAGGCAUUCCAGCUAGGUAUGGCACCAGUAUAUAUGGCCUUUUUACGAUUUAUGGGUGAUGAUAAUGAAGCAAAGAAAUUUAGCUACAGCUUGGAAGUCGGUGGAAAUGGCCGCAAACUGACAUGGCAGGGAAUUCCCAGGAGCAUCCGUGACAGUCACAGGAAAGUUCGUGAUAGCCAGGAUGGACUCAUUAUUCAGAGGAGUUUGGCUCUCUAUUUUUCUGGAGGAGAUAGGCAAGAGCUGAAGUUGAGGGUUACAGGCCGCAUAUGGAAAGAAGAAUGAGAAGAGAUAAUGUUCAGUUGAUUGUACAGUAUGCAAAAUUUAUGUAAUGCAAGGUCAGAGCGGUAAAGCUUCAGUUAUUCAGAUUGGAUUUGCUAUCGUCUUUACUUCGUGUUCAUGAUUGAGGUCUUCAACAAUCUGUUAUCUCACGACUCCGCGGAGCAGAUUCCAGUUGAGUGUGUAGGAAGUGAAAACUGAAUGUUAAGCUUCAUGCAUCAAAAUGCAUGUCGGUUCGCAAAUGAACCAUGUUUAAAUAUGCCAUUUCUGUUCUGUUUAUGUUUUUAUGUACCAUAUUCCCUGAUUGAAAUGAGAAGGAAUAAAGAUCCAGUCUCUUUGCUUAUCUA